UUCUCCGAAAACUAACGCAAAAACGUAUAAGCAAUCAUGGACUUCUAUGCUAUCUGAGAUAGUAUCGCCACUUAGACUUAUUCGCCCCCUCUAUUCUACUCGACAAACCCAACCAAUACACCAAAAGCUAACCAAAGCAACAAAAACAUAAACCGACAACACCAAAACAACAAAACUCUACCUUAAAGCAAAACGGAGAAGAAGCCACGGGGACAAAGACAAACGGGCACGGAGAAGCUGUACCCAUGGCUGAAGAAGCUACCACCUUCAACAACCCACCAAAGGAGGAGACACGAUGACCACCAACAACCAGAAUCCCCAACGCGUCUAACCGCAACGAACAAGCCAAGAUCACAAAAGUGACCCUGAGGCUUGCCUCCAAAGGAGAAGCCCGUCGGAUCCAGCGACGACACCAACCGGAGCUGGAGAAAACAAGGAUAGAGAGGCCCGAGAAAAGAAGAACCGUCCCAUCAAGACAAUCCGGAGAGUCCGCACCCCAAAGAAACAACGACGAUGACUGAAGAACACGGCGAUGCACCACCGGUUUCUCAGGCCGAGCGAAAGGUCCUGCCGCUAGGAGCUAAACCGUUGAAAAGACGCCUCAUCGGAGCCACGACCAGAAACUACGAGUAGCUCGCCGCACGAGAGCAGAAAAAAGCUACACACUCCGGCGAAGAACCCUGUCAUAGCACCGUCCACAAGCACCGUAAACAAGAGCUCGACAUGAGACAGUAGCAAACUGCCCCACAAGCGAAACUUCUUGCGGCAACACCACCAUCAAGAGACGAAAAUCCAACCAAGGUCAGAGCACCACCGGAUCGACAAAGACAACACGGAGAAGACAACUAGAGAAAGGGAAAGAAGAGAGUGGUCCUCUCCGGCAAACGGUAAGGAACACCGUCGCCGGAGAGGACAAAACGAAUUUUCGAUCUAGGUUUCGCUCUUUCACAAACGAGAGAAAAUAUUGGGGUCGCGUGACUCACACGCACAAAACAUUACUAAAAACGGAAACCGGGUUUCUAUUAUUCUCUUUCUCUGCGACUCUUUCAUCGGCGAUUUUGAAAUUUGCUCUGUAAAUUUUCGUUCGAAUUCUUCAGUUUCAUCUGGGUUAAUCCUGUUUUCGUAUAUAUAAUUUUGCUUUCUGAAAUCGAUGAUUAAUCAUUAUCUUCAUUCAGUAAUUUCUGUAAUCGAGAGUUUCAAAAUUUCAAAAUCGCUUUUAAGUUCUUUCUCUCGUUCUCUCUUCGAUUUGGAUCUAGUUCGUAUAAGAAGACAGAGACUGGAUUCUUCUCUCAUCGAUCACAAAGAGUUUCUCGAUAAUACUUUCACAACAGUCUACAUACUCUUCAUGUUUUUAACCUUUGGGGUUAAAAAAACUGGUGAAAGACUCCUGUCAAUGUUUCCUCCAAAACAUGAGCCUUGUGAAAAUGAUUGGCAAAGAUAG